ACUCCUGUCUGUCAGCUCAGACCGGAGCACAAGUUUAGUCGACAAGAUGAAGUCGUUUCUCUUCCUCGUGUUUUUCUUCGCUGGCAGUGACUGUGCAUUUUACGAUGUCCACACAGACAUGGAUAUGGUCGGCUGCUCCGACAUAGAUGGAGAAGAUUUCAAUUCUCUGGACGGCGAGGACAUGUGGGUGGCAGAUUUCAACAACAAGAGGGGUGUGGAACCUCAGCCAAGCUUCGUGGAUCACAUCAGCUAUCCCAAAGAUUCUUUUGAAGUUGCAUAUAGAGCACUCCAAACAUGCAGAUAUAAUCUUAACGUUACCCGAAAUGCAUUGAAGGACCAACCACCAAAAUUUGACGCUCCCGCUUUACCCGUCAUCUACCCGAGAGACCAGGAAGCGCUCGGAGAGAAGAACACGCUCGUCUGCCACGUGAGCGGCUUCUUUCCGGCGCCCGUCAAAGUGCACUGGACCAAGAACGGCGUGCGCGUGGCAGGCCCCGGGCGCGGCGCUAGCUCGGCCAUCCCAGAUAAGGACGGUUUUUUCAGCCAGACGUUCCGACUGGACUUCACCCCUGCGGAGGGCGACACCUAUUCGUGCGUGGUGGAACACGUGGCCUUGGACCGAGGGCUUACCACCUUCUGGACGGUGAACGUGGACCAACCGGGCAUCGGACCCACCGUCUUCUGUGCGCUGGGACUGACGGUGGGACUCUUCGGCGUGGCAACCGGAACCUUCUUGUUCGUCAAAGGAAACCAAUACGGCCGAUUUUGACAUUUUUAUUAUUCCUGCUAAAAUAGUUAUACACUGAAUCCUACGUAAACACCAAAUUAGCUGAACUGGAAAAAAAUGUUUUUUUAAUGGCUGAUAUUGUGUGAUAGCACAAUUUAGUGGGGAGGCGGUGUACAUUCUCUGUUAAUUCAGACUGCUUUUUUGACUAUUUCCUAGCUCCUCCAAGAUGGUCAUGAAUAAA